AUGGGAAAUGAGAUCAAAAUUGAUGGCAAAGUAUUGCGAAAAUUAAUGUUAAGCGAUAGCUAUAAGUGGUUAACACUCAAUGAUGUGAUCAAAAGAGUGGAUAAUAUCGCCAAAGGGUUAAUCAAAAUGGGUGUCAAAAAGGGAGACAAUGUAAUCAUUUGGGCGGACACUCGGCUCGAGUGGACACUCUGUAGUCUAGCGCUCAUCAAAAUUAACGCAACUCUAUGUACGCUAUACUCAACAUUAGGUAACUGCAACUUCUCCAUAGGGAACGGCCAGUUGCACGGCAAAAGUGUUCCUUAUAGAGAGGGUUCCUCCAAGGGA